AGCUGGGACUAUAGAGCAAGGCGCUGUCGGGGAGGGUAGGCAGCGGAAAUGAUUCACCAGUGUCUUUAGCAGCCCUGGGCCCUGCCCUAGGGUUGCUAUUAGCUGAGAUGCUGAUCUGUUUCUUCUUGGAAACCCUGGGUAAAGGCUGCACAUUCAUUGCAGUGCUGCUGGUGGUUUUCCAGUGGACUUCAGAAGCAGCAAGACCUCUGGAAAGAAAAGUUGCAGCCGUGGGAUCCUCGGUGCUGCUGUCUGCACCAGACAACAUAAAAGACAUCAACUUCAUCCAGUGGGAAUAUCUAAAUGGCAACAUAUCAGACUUCAUUGUGCAGUACUACGUGGGGUCACUGGAGCCAACUAUCUAUACGCACUAUGGAGACAGAGUCGUUUUCUAUUCAACUAAUGGCUCCCUCUUGCUGGAAAAACUACAAGAGACAGACAGCGGGGUCUACAAAGCCAGUAUCAAUCUGAUCGAGAGUGAAGCCAGGACAACCCUUCUGAAAGUUCUCAGGCCUGUGUCCCAGCCUCAGAUAUGGAGCAAUUCUAGCCUGGCAGGUUCACCGAUUGAGUUAUUUUGCAACGUGCCAGAGAGAACAGUGGAGAACAUUGACUGGGAGAAAGAAGGAGGCCCUCUCCCCCAGGAAAGAUGUUACCUUCUUUCUGAAAAUGACAGUGUGUUGCACAUUGGGAAAGGGGAAAAAUCAGACUGUGGCUUCUAUUCCUGCAAUGUCAGCAAUGAUAUCAGCUGGCAGGAAUCCUCACUGAACUUGAUCAUUGUCGGUAUCUCACCUCCUCUAGAACAUGCUCUGAAAAUGUCUGCUGUUGCUUUGGUGUUUGCUCUGGUCUCUGGGAUGGGCUUCUUUGUCUUGUGCUGCCAGUCAGGAAAGCAAAGAAUCAAGGGGGAGACCUGGAGAUGGAUGAGCGUAUUCAUUCAGGGUCUGGUGUGUGUCUCUUGCAUCUUGCUGUUCACUGCAACUGUCCUCUGGAUGCAGGAGGAAGGUCCCUCUGCUGCCGUCAUAUUGCUUCAGAUUUUGUUUGUAUAUGUGAUAAUAGUAACAGCCUUUAUAUCAGCAACGUUGGUGUGUCAGCCUGCAAAGCUCAGUGGAUUUAAGACCAAACCAUGGCAGAGUGUCAUCCUGGACUCUGCAGCCCCUGGAGCAGUGAUAUUAGUGGUCCUGUUUGCCAGCCUCCUACUCCAUAAAAUCUACAAGCUCCAAGACAGAGGCUGCUCACAGACUGUAGAUCUGACCGGCUACGCAGUCACCCCAGCUGUAAUAUCUCUCCUUGGCCUUCUAACCCUCUUCAUUUGGUAUCACAGGAGCCAAGGAGACCAAAGAGAAAAUAAACGACAUUCCAAAGAGGAAGCAGACCAGGAGGUGCGGCAGGAGCUUGGGGAACACAUGCUGCAGCGGCCGUAAAGAGCAUUACCUAGUCUCAUGCCACCAAGAAUGAUCCAGAAGAAGCUACAAUCAAAUUUGGAAACCUGUCGUCAUUAUGGCCAGCUCUCGGUAACACCCAUACCUAAGUCUGGCUCAGGCUUCCUCUUGCAAGCCUGUGUGGUUGGUUGCUUAUAAACUUUGUCAAAAUUUAAGCACCUGGGCUGAAAUUUUCACUGUCAGGACUCUGCUCACUUUUUUGCUAAUGUUAACUGAGUAUUUUUCCACCCAUUUCUUUGAAGUGCUCUUGUUCCUCUGUGUUUUUGAAGCAGGGAUUUGAAAUUGGGAAAAGUGAUGGGCUGGGGUCAGAGGUGCCUUUUAUGGUUCUCAUGAAAACACAUAGGGCUAGUCUACACUACAAGCACUACAGCAGUGCAGCUGCACCGCAGUGUGUCUGGUGAAGACGCUCUAUGCCGAAGAGAGAGAGCUCUCCCAUCAGCAUAGCGCUGUUCACAGCAGCACUUAGGUCGGUGUAACUUAUGUCGAUCAGGGGGGUGGCUUAUUCACUCUGCUUUUCCACUGCCUUGGAUUAACAAUUCUCUGCACAUCAGAGCUUUUAUUAGCGGGAGAGGCCUCUUACUGGGGGAGUAUCAGUCUAACUCCCUCUGCCCCCAUUCAUUUGCAGAUGUCUGUAACUAAGAGGUUACACAAGGUCACUCCUACCAGGACUGGUUGUAGAAUUCAGCCCUGUAGGGUAACAAACUGAUUGGGAGUUGGGUUUGCCAUCUUAGUUUUGUUGGUGAUGGAAAAAGCACACAGAGGUAGCAUGACUAACCAUUAGCCCCAGGGCCGCCAUAGGGCCAGGCAAACGGGACCCAUGCCCAGGACGCUGUAGCCGGAGGGGCGACAAAAGGGGCUUGGGCUUCCCCUGGCCUGCUGUGGCUGGACUCCUCUCUUCUCCAUCCCCUCCUUCAUGCUGGGCCGGCGGGCUUCUCCCCGCCCCCUUGGACAUUCCCUCAUUUGCUCCUCAGCUGGCCGGCUGAGGGCUCCGCCUCUGCCCCAGCCCCGGGGAGCCCAGAGCAGCGUGGUUGGGGCUGGUCACUGGCGGCGCGCCCCACCACUUGCUGCUCAGAGCAGAGCCGAGUCCCUCCCUGCCUACAGCCCUGCACUGCUCUGGUCUUCAGCGGGGGCCGGCCAGGCCAGGGCCAGGGGGAGCGAAACUUCAACGUGAGUGAGGAGCGCAGGGGGGACUUAAAGUGACAGUGCGCUCACUGUCUAUCAAACUUCCCCAACAUACACCCACACAGGCUGUCACACCCACAUACACUCUGCCUCUCACAGUCCCACAACACAGAUUGUCUCACACACACACACACACACAAGAGUCUCACACUCCCCAACACACACACUGUCUGUGAAAAGGUUAUGAUUUGCUGAAUAUGUUUAUGCUAUCUGUAUGCAUGUAUCAUUUUUAUAUUUGAAGUAAUGCGUAUUGGCUCUAUACCUGGAUGUCAAAUGUUUGUUCCUAGGGUAAUUCCCACAAGGUAUUUAGCCAGCACAUCUUGAAGGGACUAGUCAAAGUAAGUGGCUCACCAAGGAACACUUAAUUCACACUGGACCAUGGGAGACGCCCAUCUACAUUGAAUGGACUUUCCAUAUGAAAUGUAGGUAAUGGCCCGGAGGUGGGGGGCCAUAGGAGCCAGGGGUGAUGGAGGGAGCACCAUCAUACAAGUUUGCCCAGGGUACCAUUGUCAUAAGGCCGGCCCUUAUUAACCCUCAAUGCACAAACCAGGAAUAGUGCCUGAUAGUAUCCUGAUUCCCACCAUUCCUCUACUAGCUAGCAAAUAGUCAUGUAAGCCACUGUACUGCUGUUACUAUUAAAUAGCUUUAUGUUGUACACAUAAAAGGUAUUAGUUCAAACCCUGCCAUUAGUUCACCUGGCUGUCAGUAUAGCUCAAUAGGAUGGCAGGAUUGUGUUUGUUUUAGACACUAGAAAAUGACUUACAAAAAGCUACAUUAGAAGAAUAUUAAGGUUGCAAAGUCAAGCACUCAAAUUAAAAAAUACUAGUAGGAAAGAUUGCCCAUGUAAUCACAAAUCUGCACCUCAGGCAUAGGUUUUUAAUGAUGCCGUUUUUAAUUGCAUCAUCACCUACAAUUUAGUCUAUGGGACCCCUGCCUCAGUCAAUGCUCAGGGUAGACACUACAUGAGGUGAUGAGUGGCAAGAAAAAAAUUGUUGUCUUGUAUUGAAGGCCUGAGGCUGAAGCGAGACAGAUUCUAUUUCAGACUCUGUCACAGACUUCCUGUGGUUUAUUGUGUGUUUACGGAAGUGUGUGUGGGAAGGGCAGGAGUGGACAAUCUCUGUUUGGGCAUUUUCUAUCUUUUCAGUGCUGGAUUCUGCAACUUUAAUGUCACUUCUACAGAGUAUAACUCCAGUGUCAUUCAGCUCUUGCAUGUAUCUAGCAGCCAUGGUACUCAUGUAUGUUUGUCACUGUUACAUUAAUGUUAGGAUUUUCUUUUAUAGCAUUCCUAUGUCUGUGUUAGGAGUAAUACAAGUAAAAUAACAGAGAGAAAUAUUA